UUAUUAUUGUAAUUCUUGAGUUUUUUUAAUAUUAUACACGAAAGAAAAUUAAAGCUAAAAUUUAUUCAUUAUUGAUCCGCUAGCAAUGGGGUCGGAUAAGGUUCUAUCUAUGAGUUUUAAUGCAAAGAGCCAUUAUGCCAAUAACUCUACCCUUCAGAAAACGGUGAUAGAGAAGGGAAAACCGAUGUUACAAGACACAAUAAAAAACAUGUGCGGCGGCGGCGGCCGCAUUCCCAAGUGCUUUAGAAUGGCGGACUUGGGUUGCUCCUCCGGGCCAAACGCCCUGCUCCCGACCAUCAACAUGAUGGACGCCGUGAGGGAGGCUUGCCCGCCUGACGCCGACCUGCCGGAAUUCCAAGCGUUCCUCAAUGAUCUCCCGGACAACGACUUCAAUGCCAUCUUUCGGUCGAUCCCGAAUUCUCUUGGCCCGGGCAAAAACCACAAAUGUUCGGUAGCUGCGGUGGCGGGUUCAUUCUACGACAAACUCUUCCCCUCCAAUUCCCUCCACUUUGUUCAUUCCUCCUACAGUCUUCACUGGCUCUCCCAGGUUCCGGAAGGGAUUGAUGAGAAGAUGAACAAGAGGGACAUAUACAUAGGCGAGUCGAGUCCGACCGAAGUGGUUGAGGCUUACGUGAAGCAGUACGAGAAGGACUUAACGGCGUUCCUCCGUUACCGUGCCGACGAGCUAAAACCGGGCGGCCGGAUGGUUCUGGUUCUUCUGGGCCGGGGCACGCCUCUUCACACUGGGACCCCUUACCUCGUUGACCCCUUAACCGAAGCCCUUCUCCAGUUUGUUUCCGAGGGUUUGAUCGAGGAAGAAAAGCUGGUCUCCCUCAACGUGCCUUCUUACUCGCCGCACAAGGACGAGAUGAAGGAGAUAAUAGAAAAGGAGGGGUCCUUCACACUUGAUCGGUUGGAAGUCACGGAGAUGAAUUGGGAUAACAUUACCGGUGUUGCCGUUGCGGAGGAAGACGGCGGCAGCAAUGGGUCGCCGGCGGCGAAAUUCUUGACGAAGACGAUCAGGGCCGUGAUGGAGCCGAUGGUGGCCGCCCAUUUCGGAGAGUCCGUAGUCGACCCUCUGUUCCUCAGAUAUGAACAGCUCGUCGCCCGCCGAUUGGCUGCCGGCGACGACGAGAAGAAGGAUCUCAAGUUCUGGAAUCUUUCCCUCUCCCUGACUAAGAAGAGCAAUUAAUUAAUCUCUCUCCGUCCUAAAACUAUCUUUCCACAGUCAAACUUAAACCACUCUCUUUACUUAUUUUCGCUGCUUAUUUGAUUAAAUAAUAUAGUCUUGUCACCUCUCGUUUUGUAGAACUUUUAAUGUAGUUUUUAAAUAUGUAAAUUUUAUUUUUUAAUUUUACACCUAUAAUUAAAUAAACUGAAUUGAA